AUGGCCUCUCCAAACGGCCUCAACGGCACUCUUGCCUUUCUCAAUGUACCGUCAAACGGCACAUCGCCGCCUUCGCCGCCGCUGCAGACCAUCGAGCUCAGGGCUCUGCGUGCCAGCAUGGACCAUGUUCACCAGGUCAAAGCUGAAAACGACAGCAUGCAGUCUCAGAUUGCGUCCCAAGGGACGACCAUUCGGAGGCUCCAAUCCCGUGUGGAAGAGCUGCAAAAGAAAGCGGCCAUCAAAGACCGUGACCUCAAAAACAUCACGGAAUCGAAUGCCACCUUGAAGUCCGAGGCUACGGAAGAGAAGAAAAAGAUCGAAGCCCUCCUUGUGGCCAAUGAUACACUCACGCGGGACAAGAAAUCUCUCGAAGGAAAGUUGUCCCAGCAAUCAGCCCAACUCGCCAAACUGACUGCCCAAGUCGAAACGCUGAAAACGCAGCACAAUGCCAAAGUGGGCGAGCUCAAGAGGCAGCUGGAUACGCUCAACAGAUAUGCCCGCCCGGUCCACAACCUGCCUCUGCAAGACAUCGAUGACUGGAAGGCGUUCACGCGCGCUCUUGGAGACACCAAGAUACCGCUGCCGCCGUCCAACACUCUUGACGCCAAGCGUAUGCGCACAGCUGCCGUCCUGCGCUUCUUGGCCAAAAGUGCCGUUGCCGAACUGUUCCAGCCUUUUUACACUCUGGAGCACGGCAGUGAGUUGAGCGACUGGCUCCACGAACGCAUCGAUGAUGACGAGCACCUCGACUUUGUGCGCCGUGUGCUUCUCCGUGCUGAGGCCAAGCCCGCGACCAUGGACGGGGCCCAGAACAAUCUAUUCCACGCAGAAACCCACGCGGCGGCCCGCGCCAAGGCCGUCGGCCGGACACUCAGUGUCCGGGGUGCUGUCGGUGGUAUUCUUUCGCAAGAGGCAAGCGACACCUUCUUCGUCGCCCUCGGCCGCUGGUGUGCCGAGACUGCUGAGACGUGGCGCACCGACAUUCAACCUCUGCGUGACGUCUUUCAGGCACUCAUUGACCUGGAUGACGACGAACUCGAGGUUGACGAGUGGCGUGUGCUGCCGGACACUCCGGACAAAGGCGAUGGAAAUGCGCCAUUGCCUGUUCCACCCCUGGCCAGCAUCAACGACGUCGCUGCGUACGUCUGGCCCCUCUUCAUGUCCAACGGCAACGUCGCACAGUGCGGCUUUGUUGUCACCAAGGCCCAAGUAGCUCGGGCCGAGCUUGAAGUGGGCCAGUUUGCGGCUAUGCAGAACAAUGGUCGGCGUGUGAACCGGGCCUCUGCUCGGCGGUCCAGCGGCAGCGGCAGAACCCCCAGCACCGCGAACCAGAAUUUUUGA